AUGGUGUCCCUCAAGUCAGCAAACAUUCAGGCUCAUGCCGAGGAGACUCGACAGCACGCCCUCGACGAUGCCCCGGAAUUCGAGAAGGUCAACUGGAAAACGAACCCGAGCAUUCGCAAGCUCUAUAUCAACUGCGCCUUGGGCCUAUUGAUCGGCUCAGCAACCACCGGUUACGAUGGAUCGCUUCUCAAUCUGCUGCAGCAGUAUGAUUACUGGGAGAGCUACUUCGACGAUAUCGGGACAGACGCAAGCAAGUCCAACCUGCUCGGCUUGUUGACCAACAUGUUCACCAUCGGUUCUAUCCUUUCUAUGUUUGCCGUGCCGACCAUCACCGAUCGAUUCGGCCGCAAGGCUUGUAUCCUUAGCGGUUGCGUCUUCAUGGUCAUCGGCGCCAUCAUCAACACUGCUUCUCAGAACUACGGAAUGUUCUGCGCCGGCCGCUUCAUCCUCGGAUUCGGCAACUCUCUCAGUCAAUUGGCCUCGCCCAUGCUCUUGACCGAGGUUGUUCACCCCCAACACCGUGCUCCCUUCACAACUAUUUACAACUGCCUGUGGAACUUGGGAAGCUUCUUCUGCAACGCCAUCGGGUUCGGCCUCUCAUAUUAUAAGAGCGACUGGUCGUGGCGUAUCUUGACCCUCUUCCAGAUCAUUCCUGCUCUCGUGCAACUCGUCUUCGUCUGGGGUGUUCCCGAGUCUCCUAGAUGGCUCAUCUCCAAGGAUCGUCAUGAGGAAGCCCUCCAGCUACUGGCCAAGUACCACGCCAACGGCAAUGAGCAAGAUCUCACAGUGCAAUUCGAAUUCCGCGAAAUCAGCGAGACUCUCAAGAUGGAGAAGCAUGCUGCUGCAACAACCAGCUACAUGGACUUCUUCAAGACGAAGGGCAACCGCUGGAGGCUCGCUAUCAUUAUCACCAUCGGUGUUAUCUCACAGUACUCCGGCAAUGCUGUCAUCUCGAACUACGCCAACUUGAUCUACGAGCCUGCGCUUAAUCUCUCGAUCAGCGCUGCGUUGACCGUCGACAAGUUCGGGCGUCGCCCACUGUUUCUCAUUUCUGCAGCCGGUAUGACCGUUUGCUUCGUCAUCUGGACCGCCUUGGCUGGGCAGUUCGAAACCCAUGGAGGAGUCGAGUCGGACUCUGCCAAGGCUUACGGCAUUGCUCAGAUCCCUUUCAUUUGGAUCUUUGGUGUCUUCUACGCCAUCGGUUUCUCUGGUCUCUUGGUCUCAUACACUCUCGAAGUCCUCCCGUUCUUCCUCCGUGCCAAGGGUGUCAUGAUCAUGAACAUCACCGUCCAGGCCAUUCUCGCUCUUUCGGCUCAGACCAACCCGCUCGCUAUUCACAACCUGCCCCACGCGUGGAACUUCUGGCUGAUCUACACUAUUUGGGAUUUCCUCGAGCUUAUCUGGGUGUACUUUGUCUUCCCGGAAACCAAGGGCCUCACUCUCGAGGAGUGUGCCAAGAUCUUCGAUGGCGAGGAUGCUGUGGCUCACAUCAGCUUGGAGCAAACCGCAAAGGAGAUCGAGAUUCGUCACAACGAGACUGCCAGCGAGAAGCAUGUUUGA